AUGACAGAUAAAGCUUUCUUGCUAAAAAAGAUUACAGAGUCUUUGCAAAAUAGAGACAUCUUGAAAAAGAAAAUAAGUGCUAGAAAAAAAGAUCUUGUAAAUAUAGAAUCUCACAUACAAGGAUUUUACACUGUUCUCUACGGUAAACAAUUAAAGGAAGUAGAAACAUACAAUGUUGUACCAAAUUAUCACAUAACCUCAUUUCCUAUAUUUUUAAAAAAUAAUAAGCAUAUUCUAUCUUUAUUCAGUAUUGGUGUGCCUACCAAGUACCCAGUAAAGGGAAGUAAACUUGUAAAUAUUUUUUAUACUGUAGGUUAUAAAAGCAAAAGGCUAUUUUACAAAUAUAAAUCACAUCCGGUUUUGGAUGAUAAUUAUAUAGUUUAUCACUGUCGAACACUUUACGAAAAAAAUUACCUUAUAUUUGAAAUAAAAACUGAUGACGGGUUUUCACUAAAAGGAGAUGGGAGGACUGUAUGGGAAGAAUUAAAAAACGCUGUUGCAUUUCCAUUAGAAUAUCCUACAACAGAAGAUUUCUUUGGUAUGUGUAGUGAAGAAGUCGUAUCACUAAUUAGAAGUAAAUAUGAUUUGGGUAAAUAG